AUGACGGACUCUGUGAUGGAAGUUGACAACCCUGGGGCUGCCAUUGUGGAGCUCCAGAUUCUGGAAAUCGAUGAAUCUCUCUACAGUCGACAGCUUUACGUACUAGGCCACGAGGCAAUGAAACGCAUGGGCGCCUCCAAUGUGCUCAUCGUCGGGCUGAAGGGUUUGGGCGUUGAGAUCGCAAAGAACAUUGCUUUGGCUGGCGUCAAGUCUCUGACCUUGUUCGAUCCUAACCCAGUUGCCAUUGCCGACCUCUCCUCCCAAUUCUUUCUCCGUCCGGAAGACGUGGGCAAGCCCCGAGCAGAAGUGACUGCUCCGCGCGUGGCUGAGCUCAAUUCCUACACUCCCGUCGCCGUCCACAAAGCCAAAGCCUUAACAGAUGACUUGAGUCAACUCAAAAAAUUCCAAGUCGUCGUUCUCACCACUAUGUCUUUAAAAGAUCAACUCACAAUCUCCGACUACUGCCACCAGAAUGGUAUUUACCUGGUGAUCGCUGACACAUUUGGCCUUUUCGGUUACAUCUUCACCGAUUUCGGGAAGGACUUCACGGUGGGCGACGUCACCGGAGAGAACCCAAUCAGCGGCAUAGUGGCAGAUAUUGAUGAGACUGGUCUGGUCUCCGCUCUGGACGAGACGAGACAUGGACUUGAAGACGGCGAUUACGUUGAGUUCGCAGAAAUCCGAGGAAUGGAAGGUCUUAAUGGAGCACGUCCUCGGAAGAUCACCGUCAAAGGCCCGUACUCCUUCUCUAUUGGCGAUGUCUCGGGUCUGGGUAGAUAUGAAGGAGGCGGCCUUUUCGCUCAGGUCAAGAUGCCGAAAGUCCUUCAAUUCCAAUCAUUGUCGGAACAGAUCAAGAAGCCGGAAUUUCUCAUAUCUGACUUUGCAAAGUUUGACCGACCAGCAAUGCUUCAUAUUGGCAUUCAAGCUCUCCAUACUUUCAAAGAGAAGACGGGUUCUCUGCCCCGUCCACAUAACGACGAAGACGCUAAGGAAGUCCUGGAACUCACCCAGAAAUUGGCAGCGGAGAGUGCCGAGGAGGUGGAUAUUGAUGAGAAAUUGAUCAAGGAGUUGAGCUAUCAGGCGCAAGGCGACCUAAGCCCCAUGGCUGCCUUUUUUGGUGGUCUCACCGCGCAGGAAGUUCUAAAAGCGGUUUCUGGCAAGUUCACACCAAUUGUGCAGUGGAUGUACUUCGAUUCUCUCGAGUCUCUACCUUCAUCUGUGAACCGAAGCGAGGAGCUUUGCAAACCCACAGGUUCGCGGUAUGAUGGCCAAAUCGCGGUCUUCGGCAAGGAGUUUCAAGAGAAAAUUUCCAACGUGAAGAACUUCUUGGUUGGCGCUGGCGCCAUUGGUUGUGAGAUGCUCAAGAACUACGCGAUGAUUGGGCUGGGUACCGGGCCUAAUGGUCACAUUACUGUCACGGAUAACGACUCCAUCGAGAAGAGCAAUCUCAACCGCCAAUUUCUCUUCCGAGCCAAAGAUGUUGGAAAACAAAAGAGCGAGGUCGCUGCAGCAGCAGCUCAGGCAAUGAACCCCGACCUCAAAGGGAAGAUCACGACAAUGACGGACCGCAUCGGCCCUGACACCGAAGAUGUCUUCAACGAGGCGUUCUGGCAUGACCUUGAUAUCGUGACAAAUGCCUUGGACAAUGUCGAAGCUCGUACAUAUGUCGAUCGGCGAUGCGUGUUCUUCAUGAAACCACUUCUGGAGAGUGGCACCCUUGGUACAAAGGGCAAUACCCAAGUCAUUCUUCCGCGCUUGACUGAGUCAUACUCGAGCUCUCAAGACCCGCCUGAACAAUCAUUCCCCAUGUGCACACUUCGAAGCUUCCCCAACAAGAUCGAACAUACCAUCGCAUGGGCUCGAGACCUAUUCCAGUCCUAUUUCGUGGGACCACCGGAGACCGUCAACCUCUACAUGACACAGCCGGACUACAUCAAUACCACAUUGAGACAGCAAGGCAACGAGAAGAUGAUCCUGGACAGUCUCAAAGAAUUCUUGGUUACCGAUAAGCCAAGCGACUUCAAUGACUGCAUUGCCUGGGCCCGGAUGCAAUUCCAGAAGCAAUUCCACAACGCCAUUGCACAGUUGCUAUACAAUUUCCCUAAGGAUUCGAAGACAUCGACUGGGGCCGACUUCUGGUCUGGACCAAAGCGUGCUCCGACACCUCUCACCUUCGACCCUUCGGAUGAGACACAUAUGGGAUUCGUUGUCCAUGGAGCAGCUCUCCACGCUUACAACUAUGGCAUACCUGUUCCUCAGCUCAAGUAUGAAGACUAUGUUAAAGUUCUAGACAGCAUGAUCAUACCCGAGUUCAAGCCAGACGCAAAUGUGAAGAUCCAGACGGACGAGAAGGAGCCAGACCCCAACGGGCCAGCGCCGACGUUUGCGGAUGAUGCGGAAGAGUUGGACAAGAUCGUGGCUGAGUUACCCACUCCCAAGAGUAUGCCCGGUUUCCGACUCAAUGUUGUGGAAUUUGAGAAGGACGACGAUACAAAUCACCACAUUGACUUCAUCACUGCGGCGAGCAAUCUCCGUGCCAUGAACUACAAUAUUCCAAUUGCCGACCGUCACAAGACGAAGUUCAUCGCCGGCAAGAUUAUUCCUGCUAUCGCCACCACCACCGCCCUCAUUACCGGACUCGUGGUCCUUGAGCUUUUCAAGGUAGUGGAUGGCAAGACAGAUCUCGAACAGUACAAGAACGGCUUCGUGAACCUGGCAUUGCCGUUCUUUGGAUUCAGUGAACCGAUCGCCAGUCCCAAGGGCACGUACCAAGGCAAGGAGGGCGAAGUAACUAUCGAUAAGCUCUGGGAUCGAUUCGAGGUCCAUGACGUUACGCUCACCGAAUUUUUAGCACAUUUCGAGAGCCUUGGAUUGAGUGUGACGAUGGUCAGCUCGGGAGUCAGCUUGCUGUACGCCAGUUUCUACCCACCCAACAAGACCAAAGAUCGCCUGCCACUCAGGAUGAGCAGAUUGCUUGAGACCAUCAGUCGCAAGUCGAUCCCGGAGCACCAGAGGAACAUCAUCUUCGAGAUCACUGCCGAGGACACGACCGAAGAAGAUGUCGAGAUUCCUUAUGUGAUGGUGAAGUACAAGAUAGAUUGA